AAAUGGAUAUAAAUACUCAGACAGAACAACAACAACCAGGAGGUCAUUGGAUCUGGUGUCGGGCUUUUCACACCUACCUUUUUCCACUCACAGUCAUUGAAGCAGGGGUUGGUACCGGUUCAGGAAACAGAACCAAAAACUGUGAAAAAUCAACAACAACUCAACUAACAGAAAUAGAACCAGCAACUAAAGUGAUCUCUAGUGUUCCGGAACAGAACUGUUAUUUUCAAAUCUUGAGAAUCGGUUAAUAAUGUUAUUUUUUGUUCCCGAAAAUAUUCUGUAUUUAAGUAAAGUUCUGAUGCUAGAAAUUCCACAAAAACUCAUGCCAUGAUGUCCAGGGCUUCAAGCCAAGCCCGUUACAUGUCCACCCCUCUUUCUCACUCUCUACUCACCUGCAUCUCAUGCCUGCAGGGCAUAUCAAAAUAUGGAAUGUGAUGAUUGUAAGCAUGUUGGAAAUGUACAGCCAUCAUUCUUCUCUGUUGUUUCUACAUGCUAGAACAUAACAAUUGUGUGUCUUUCUCUGUCUCCAGAUUUACAGCUGGCGGACGUUGUGGAGGCUGGUGGUUAAUCAGAGAUGAUUCCUCAUGAAGUCCAUGGAGCCGUCCUCUCUGUCCCCUGGCGGGUGUCACUCUGCCCUCUCUAGACUACUGAGUCCAGGACACACAGUCACACAGUGAAGACCUGAAGGAGACCUGUUUGAGCCCACGACAACACUGAGAGAGAGAGAGAUGUUUCCCAUGCCAAUAAAGCCCUUAAAUUGAAUUGUAGUUGAGAGAGAAACAGAGAUAGGGACAGAGAGAGAGAGAAACAGAGAUAGGGACAAAGAGAGAGAGAAACAGAGAUAGGGACAAAGAGAGAGAGAAACAGAGAUAGGGACAAAGAGAGAGAGAAACAGAGAUAGGGACAGAGAGAGAGAGAAACAGAGAUAGGGACAAAGAGAGAGAGAAACAGAGAUAGGGACAGAGAGAGAGAAACAGUAGGUUCAAAAAACCUACUUGAGAGACAAACAAAGAGUGAAAACCAACCAUGAAAUCCAACCAGGAGAGGAGCCAUGGCUGUCUACCUCCAAAGAAGCGUGAGAUCCUAGCCCUGGAGCAGAGGCCUGUGGUGGUAACAGCAGCAGCUGAGAUCCUGGCUCUGGAGCAGAGGCCUAUGGUGGUACCAGCAGCAGCUGCAGCCUCAGCAGACACUACCCUACACACAGAGAACCUGGCUUGGCUGGCCAAUGUAGCCAGCGAACGCUGCAGAUCCACAGAAACUCCCAGCCCCAGGUUUCAUGUCUCCUCGUCCUCCUCUUCAUCCCCCUCCCCUUCUGCUACCUCUCUGUCUACGAUUCCCCUGUCCUCUCUCUCCACUGUCUACCCCACUGGGGUGGGGCUCAGCCAACAGGGCGGGACAAUCCAGUACGCCCAGCUGGCCCCUAACCUCCAAUUCAUUAGCUCGGGGCCGUACACUGGCUACAUCUCCUCUCAGAUCAUCCAGUCCACUGCCACCAGUGUAGCCACCUCCACAGGGCAACAGCGCCACCAUCUGGACGGCCACUGCUACACCGCCGCCCUCAUCUCCCAGGCCACCAAGGCUGGUGACCAGCAGAACCAGCUCCAGAUAGGACUGCCGUCUGACCUGGCUGUGUCCGUUGGAGGGACUACCGUCUCCCUGCCGACCUCCACCCACUUCCCCAGUACCCACCAGUACAUCCAGCUGGACAGCAGCAGCCCUCUGACCGUCACCUCCCCUACCCAGGGCCACCUCCAGCCUCUCCAGCUCCACACCCACCCUGGGAUGGGCCUCCUCCCCCACACCCUCACCCUCGCCCCCUCCCAGGUGCUGGUCCAGUAUGCGGAUGGGUUAGGGGUCAACAAAGCUGAGGGCGGACACACCAAGGUGGUGCAGCUAAAUGGAGAGCUGGAGAGGAGUUUCGGUAAACAGAGCUGUGCUGGCGUCAAAGGAACCUCCUACUCUAACCAGAACAAUCAGCAGGUUCACCAUGGAUAUGAAGCUCGACACAUCCUCAUUCCCGCAGACUACACUACCCAGGAUUCAACAGGACUACAAACCUCCCUGGUGCUGGUAGCAAACGCCCAGCCCCACCCCCACCCCCACCCUACCAGUGGUGCUGAGCAGGACAAGGUCCAGGUCCACCCAUCACUAAUACACAGUGAGGGAGGAGGCAUCUGUCUAGGGAAACCUGUCUCCAGAACCUCCUCUUUCACCUCCCUCAACUCCUCUGAUGCUCUGAAGGUCUCUUCUGCCCCUCACACGGUUAUCCAGACCACCCACCACUCUGACCAGCAUGUACACAGCCUGUACUCCACCACCCAGGCACCAAUCAUCGGCUACAUCGCCAGGGCAGGUAACCAGCAUGGCGUCAGCUACGCCACCCUGCCGCAGCACCUGGUCAUCCCGGACGGCCAGUCCCUCCAGUCUCUCCUGAUACCCGUUAACGGAGUCGGUGACGUUACCACCACUACGGACCUCGAGGCCGCCUGCUCGGUGACCGCCAGGACGGCCAGCACCACCGCCUCUCAGCUGGCUCCAGCGACCACAUCCCUCCCCCGCCACACCUACCUCACCGCGUCCCUGUCCAAGUGUGAGAUGCUGGGGUCGGACAGCCACCACCAGGCCCCUGCUGUACUCCAGGCCCAAGUACUACCCAUCCAACACAUCCAAAUCCCCUCUAACACAACUGCUACUGUGGUGGCGUCCCCCUCCCCAGCCCUAGCCCUAGCUCCCGCCCCUGUCCAGGCCUCCCCUUCUCUCUCCUCUUCCCUCUCCUCCUCUCCAGCCCUAGCUCCAGCCCCUGUCCAGGCCACCCCCUCUCCCUCCUCCUCUCCAACCACGCUCCCGCCGUUCUUCAUGCGUGGCUCCAUCAUCCAGCUGGCGGAUGGGGAGCUGAAGCGAGUGGAAGACCUGAAGACGGAGGACUUUAUCCAGAGUGCUGAGAUCAGCAGUGAGCUGAAGAUUGACUCCAGCACUGUGGAACGCAUCGACACAGGCCAGACACCCAGCGCUGUCAUCAUACAGUUCGGUGUCGGGGAACACAAAGCACAGGUGUGCGUGGAGGUGCUGUUGGAGUACCCGUUCUUUGUGUUCGGCCAGGGCUGGUCGUCCUGCUGCCCUGACCGGACCACUCAGCUGUUGGAGCUGAGCUGUGCCAAGCUGUGUGUUGGGGACGUGUGUGUCUCCCUGACUCUCAGGAGCCUGAGGGGUGGCGACGGCUCUGUGUCUGGGAGGAACCACAGCAGCCAGGGUCACGAGGUCAAGCUGAGGCACAGCCACAACACUGGGGACAUCACACAGGAGUCUAACCGGCAAGGGAACAGUCAGGGGAAUAGCCAGAGUAAUGGUCAGAGUAUUGAUCAAAUCAACAGUCAAAUAAAUAGUCAGAGAGACAGUCAGAGAGACGGUCAGAGAGACGGUCAGAGAGACGGUCAGAGAGACGGUCAGAGAGACGGUCAGAGAGACGGUCAGAGAGACAGUCAGAGCAACAGUCAGAGAGACAGUCAGAGAGACAGUCAGAGCAACAGUCAGAGAGACGGUCAGAGAGACAGUCAGAGAGACGGUCAGAGAGACGGUCAGAGAGACAGUCAGAGAGACGGUCAGAGAGACGGUCAGAGAGACAGUCAGAGCAACAGUCAGAGCAACAGUCAGAGAGACAGUCAGAGAGACAGUCAGAGCAACGGUCAGAGAGACGGUCAGAGAGACAGUCAGAGAGACAGUCAGAGAGACGGUCAGAGAGACGGUCAGAGAGACGGUCAGAGAGACGGUCAGAGAGACGGUCAGAGAGACGGUCAGAGAGACGGUCAGAGAGACGGUCAGAGAGACAGUCAGAGCAACAGUCAGAGAGACAGUCAGAGCAACAGUCAGAGAGACAGUCAGAGCAACAGUCAGAGCAACGGUCAGAGAGACGGUCAGAGAGACAGUCAGAGAGACAGUCAGAGAGACGGUCAGAGAGACGGUCAGAGAGACGGUCAGAGAGACGGUCAGAGAGACGGUCAGAGAGACGGUCAGAGAGACGGUCAGAGAGACAGUCAGAGAGACAGUCAGAGAGACAGUCAGAGAGACAGUCAGAGAGACAGUCAGAGCAACGGUCAGAGAGACAGUCAGAGAGACGGUCAGAGAGACAGUCAGAGAGACGGUCAGAGCAACAGUCAGAGCAACAGUCAGAGAGACAGUCAGAGAGACAGUCAGAGAGACAGUCAGAGUAUGGACAAGGACUUUAGGAACAGUUUGAAUGCUGCAGGCAGCAACAGUGUCUUCCUGGUGCAGGUGGCCAAAACAGACAGGCUGAAUAAGGAGGACAGGGGCGUCCCCCGCUCUGUGGACCAGGUGACAGGAUCUGGACUGAGACCCGGAUCUGGAUCUGGACCAGGGGUCUACGGAGCUGGAGUUGGACCCAGGAGCACCUCGGACCUGCAGGCUGUCUCAGGGAAUGGAGAGAUGAGAGACAGAGAAAAUGUAGAGGUGAUAGGAAGAAACAAUGGAGAGAUGAGAGAGAGAGAACAGAAUAGCCACAUGCCCCCUUCGCCCCUCAAGACAGAAGUGGGUGAGGCAGACAAAGAAAAACCCUGCGGUCGUAAGAGGAGGUGGUCUGCUCCAGAGAGAGAUCAGACCGAGAGGGCAGACGAGGAACCCCCUUUGACUCUGCCAAAACCCUCUUUUAUAACUCAGCAGGUCAAACUCUCCAUGGAGGGACGGUCAAAUGUUAGUCGCUGAGGGAGCUGGAGUGUUGUACGGGAGGUAGGGAACAUACUUUUAUAUGUUUGUAACGUUGUUAGUGCUGUUUGGUUUCAUCUAUCUAUCCACAUUAAUGGAAAGGAUUCGUUUACCUUGUAUAUACAUGUUUUAGGAUUCUAUUUCUAUGGAAGGAACCUUGUUGUCUCUGUGUUUGGCCCACUGUCUGGGAGGCCAGUCUCUCUCCAGAACACAGUGAGUGGCCCACUGUCUGGGAGGCCAGUCUCUCUCCAGAACACAGUGAGUGGCCCACUGUCUGGGAUGCCAGUCUCUCUCCAGAACACAGUGAGUGGCCCACUGUCUGGGAGGCCAGUCUCUUUCCAGAACACAGUGAGUGGGCCACUGUCUGGGAGGCCAGUCUCUCUCCAGAACACAGUGAGUGGCCCACUGUCUGGGAGGCCAGUCUCUCUCCAGAACACAGUGAGUGGCCCACUGUCUGGGAGGCCAGUCUCUCUCCAGAACACAGUGAGUGGCCCACUGUCUGGGAGGCCAGUCUCUUUCCAGAACACAGUGAGUGGCCCACUGUCUGGGAUGCCAGUCUCUCUCCAGAACACAGUGAGUGGCCCACUGUCUGGGAGGCCAGUCUCUCUCCAGAACACAGUGAGUGGCCCACUGUCUGGGAGGCCAGUCUCUCUCCAGAACACAGUGAGUGGCCCACUGUCUGGGAGGCCAGUCUCUCUCCAGAACACAGUGAGUGGCCCACUGUCUGGGAGGCCAGUCUCUCUCCAGAACACAGUGAGUGGGCCACUGUCUGGGAGGCCAGUCUCUCUCCAGAACACAGUGAGUGGCCCACUGUCUGGGAGGCCAGUCUCUCUCCAGAACACAGUGAGUAUGCCCACUGUCUGGGAGGCCAGUCUCUCUCCAGAACACAGUGAGUGGCCCACUGUCUGGGAGGCCAGUCUCUCUCCAGAACACAGUGAGUGGCCCACUGCCUGGGAGGCCAGUCUCUCUCCAGAACACAGUUAGUGGCCCACUGCCUGGGAGGCCAGUCUCUCUCCAGAACACAGUUAGUGGCCCACUGCCUGGGAGGCCAGUCUCUCUCCAGAACACAGUUAGUGGCCCACUGCCUGGGACGUCAGUCUCUCUCCAGAACACAGUGAGUGGCCCACUGCCUGGGAGGCCAGUCUCUCUCCAGAACAUAGUUAGUGGCCCACUGUCUGGGAGGCCAGUCUCUCUCCAGAACACAGUUAGUGGCCCACUGUCUGGGAGGCCAGUCUCUCUCCAGAACACAGUUAGUGGCCCACUGCCUGGGAGGCCAGUCUCUCUCCAGAACAUAGUUAGUGGCCCACUGCCUGGGAGGCCAGUCUCUCUCCAGAACAAAGUUAGUGGCCCACUGCCUGGGAGGCCAGUCUCUCUCCAGAACACAGUUAGUGGCCCACUGCCUGGGAGGCCAGUCUCUCUCCAGAACACAGUUAGUGGCCCACUGCCUGAGAGGCCAGUCUCUCUCCAGAACAAAGUUAGUGGCCCACUGCCUGGGAGGCCAGUCUCUCUCCAGAACACGGUGAGUGGAUACUGUAGUGAGCAGAUGGUUGACCUGGAAAGGCUUGAAUUGACUAAACCAUGAGAUUUCUCCUCUAUAUUGACCUAUAAAGUGAAUUCUGCAUGUAUGAGUUAUAUCAAUUGAUAGUACCUGCCUAGUUAGAAUACAACCCUCUACUGCUCAUCGUUACCCUCAGUCAUCAGAACCCCCACCCCCCAUAUAUUUGAGGACGUUGUUUUAUGUGAUGAAAUGUAGUUUUCUUUUUGUUGCCUCAGGGCAACGUUGUGCAGUUAGGCUACUUUAAAGGGCAAUACAAUGCUGAAUGAUAGACAUGUAGAUUGCCAGACAAUGGACCCAGGGAUAUUCUAUGGGCCGAAGCAGCCUAACUGAUCAGUUAAGAUCAUACCCUCUGGUUGUGAGGACAGUCACAGCGAGGAAGAAUGGACCUCAGAAUCAGGUUUGAGAGGCAGUGAAAUACUAGUUUAGGGAAAAGCUUUCACUAUCUGCUUUUCCAUGGUGUUGUAGUAAGUACCCUUAUGACACAGAACGCCUGAAUCUAACCCCCCAAAAAUAGGUUUUAAUAUUUGUUUCAAUGAAAAACCACAAUGUGUGCAGUAAAGGAUUACUCAUAUACUGUAUACAGUGCAUUCCUGAAGUAUUCAGAACCCUUGACUUUUCAUACAUUUUGUUACGUUACAGCCUUAUUCUGAAAAUGAUUUUUCUUUUCAAUCUUCAUCAAUCUACACACAAUACCACAUAACGACAAAGUGGAAACAGGUUCUUAGACAUUUUUUAACCCCUAAAAAACAGAAAUACCUUAUUUACGUAAGUAUUCAAACCCUUUGCUAUGAGACUCGAAAUGGAUCUCAGGUGCAUCAUCCUUGAGACUCUUCCUAGAGCUGGCUGCCCGGCCAAACUGAGCAAUCGGGAGAGAAGGGCCUUCAGGGAGGUGACCAAGAACCUUUUAAAAAUCCACCUUUCCAGAAACAACUCUCUCACUGUUGCCGCCUGCUAUAGACCACCCUCUGCCCCCAGCUGUGCCAUGGACACCAUAUGUGAAUUGAUUGCCCCCCAUCUAUCUUCAGAGCUCGUGCUGCUAGGUGACCUAAACUGGGACAUGCUUAACACCCCGGCCAUCCUACAAUCUAAGCUUGAUGCCCUCAAUGUCACACAAUUUAUCAAUGAACCUACCAGGUACAACCCCAAAUCCGUAAACACGGGCACCCUCAUAGAUAUCAUCCUAACCAACCUGCCCUCCAAAUACACCUCUGCUGUUUUCAACCAAGAUCUCAGCGAUCACUGCCUCAUUGCCUGCGUGUGUAAUGGGUCUGCGGUCAAACGACCACCUCUCAUCACUGUCAAACGCUCCCUAAAACACUUCAGCGUGCAGGCCUUUCUAAUCGACCUGGCCCGGGUAUCCUGGAAUGAUAUUGACCUCAUCCCGUCAGUAGAGGAUGCUUGGUUAUUCUUUAAAAGUGUCUUCCUCACCAUCUUAAACAAGCAUGCUCCAUUCAAAAAAUGUAGAACCAGGAACAGAUAUAGCCCAUGGUUCACUCCAGACCUGACUGCCCUUGACCAGCACAAAAACAUCCUGUGGCGUAUUGCAUUAACAUCGAAUAGCCCCCGCGAUAUGCAACUUUUCAGGAAAGUUAGGAACCAAUAUACACAGUCGGUUAGGAAAGCUAAGGCUAGCUUUUUCAAACAUAAAUUUGCAUCCUGUAGCACAAACUCCAAAAAGUUCUGGGACACUGUAAAGUCCAUGGAGAAUAAGAGCACCUCCUCCCAGCUGCCCAUUGCUCUGAGGCUAGGAAACACUGUCAACACCGAUAAAUCCACUAUAAUGGAGAAUUUCAAUAAGCAUUUCUCUACGGCUGGCCAUGCUUUCCACCUGGCUACCCCUACCACUGUCAACUGCCCGGUACCCCCAACAGCAACUCGCCCAAGCCUCCCCCAUUUCUCCUUCACCCAAAUCCAGAUAGCUGAUGUUCUGAAAGAGCUGUAAAAUCUGGACCCCUACAAAUCAGCCGGGCUAGACAAUCUGGACCCUCUCUUUCUAAAAUUAUCUUUCCCGAAAUUGUUGCAACCCCUAUUACUAGCCUGUUCAACCUCUCUUUCCUAUUGUCUGAGAUUCCCAAAGAUUGGAAAGUUGCCGCGAUCAUCCCCCUCUUCAAAGGGGGAGACGCUCUAGACCCAAACUGCUACAGACCUAUAUCUAUCCUACCCUGCCUUUCUAAGGUCUUCGAAAGCCAAGUUAACAAACAGAUUACUGACCAUUUCGAAUCCCACCGUACCUUCUCCACUAUGAAAUCUGGUUUCAGAGCUGGUCAUGGGUGCACCUCAGCCACGCUUAAGGUCCUAAACGAUAUCAUAACCGCCAUCGAUAAGAGACAUUACUGUGCAGCCAUAUUCAUCAACCUGACCAAGGCUUUCGACUCUGUCAAUCACCACAUUCUUAUCCGCAGACUUAACAGCCUUGGUUUCUCAAAUUACUGCCUCGCCUGAUUCACCAACUACUUCUCUGAUAGAGUUCAGUGUGCCAAAUCGGAGGUCCUGUUGUCUGGACCUCUGGCAGUCUCUAUGGGGGUGCCACAGGGUUCAAUCCUCGGACCGACUCUCUUCUCUGUAUACAUCAAUGAUGUCGCUCUUGCUACUGGUGAUUCUCUGAUCCACCUCUACGCAGAUGACACCAUUCUGUAUACUUCUGGCCCUUCUUUGGACACUGUGUUAACUAACCUCCAGAUGAGCUUCAAUGCCAUACAACUCUCCUUCCGUUGCCUCCAACUGCUCUUAAAUGCAAGUAAAACUAAAUGCAUGCUCUUCAACCGAACCUGCCCGCCCGUCCAGCAUCACUACUCUGGACAGUUCUGACUGUGGACAACUACAAAUACCUACGUGUCUGGUUAGACUGUAAACUCUCCUUCCAGACUCACAUUAAGCAUCUCCAAUACAAAAUUAAAUAUAGAAUUGCCUUCCUAUUUCGCAACAAAGCCUCCUUCCCUCAUGCUGCCAAACUUACCCUCGUUAAACUGACUAUCCUAACGACCCUCGACUUCGGCAAUGUCAUUUACAAAAUAGCCUCCAACACUCUACCUAACAAAUUGAAUGCAGUCUAUCACAGUGCCAUCCGUUUUGUCACCAAAGCCCCAUAUACUACCCACCACUGCGACCUGUAUGCUCUCGUUGGCUGGCUUCAUACUCGUCGCCAAACCCACUGGCUCCAGGUCAUCUACAUCUCUCUGCUAGGUAAAGCCCCGCCUUACCUCAGCUCACUGGUCGCCAUAGCAGCACCCACCCAUAGCACACGCCCCAGCAGGUAUAUCUCACUAGUCACCCCCAAAGCAAAUUCCUCCUUUGGCCGCCUUUCCUUCCAGUUUUCUGCUGCCAAUGAAUGGAAAGAACUGCAAAAAUCACUGAAGCUGGAGACUCAUAUCUCCCUCACUAACUUUAAGCACCAGCUGUCAGAGCAGCUCACAGAUCACUUCACCUGUACAUAGCCCAUCUGUAAUAUAGUCCGUCCAACUACCUCAUCCCCAUACUGUAUUUAUUUAUUUAUUUAUCUUGCUCCUUUGCACCCCAGUAUCUCUACUUGCACAUUCAUCUUCUGCACAUCAAUCACUCCAGUGUUUAAUUGGUAUAUUGUGAUUACUUCGCCACCAUGGCCUAUUUAUUGCCUUACCUCCCUUCUCUUACCUCAUUUGCACACACUGUAUAUAGAUUUUUUCUAUUGUAUUAUUGACUGUAGUUUGUUUAUUCCAUGUGUAACUCUGUGUUGUUGUAUGUGUCGAACUGCUUUAGUUUAUUCUUGGCCAGGUCGCAGUUGUAAAUGAGAACUUGUUCUCAACUAGCCUACCUGGUUAAAUAAAGGUGAAAUAAAUAAAUAAAAAUAAAUAAAAACCCGAUGGUCACUCUGCCAGAGCUCCAGAGUUCCUCUGUGGAGAUGGAAGAACCUUCCAGAAGGACAUCCAUCUCUGCAGCACUCCACCAAUCAGGCCUUUAUGGUAGAGUGGCCAGACGUAAGCCACUCCUCAGUAAAAGGCACAUGACAGCCCACUUGGAGUUUGCCAAAAGGCACCUAAAGGACUCUGACCAUGAGAAACAUGAUGAAAUCAAGAUUAAACUUGUUGGCCUGAAUGCCAAGCAUCACGUCUGGAGGAAACUUGGUACCAUCCCUACGGGGAAGCAUGGUGGUGGCAGCAUCAUGCUGUGGGGAUGUUUUUCAGCAGCAGGGACUGGGAGGCUAGUCAAGAUCGAGGGAAAGAUGAAUGGAGAAAAGUACAGGGAGAUCUUUGAUGAAAACCUGCUCCAGAGUGCUCAGGACCUUAGACUGGGGCGAAGGUUCACCUUCCAACAGGACAACAACCCUAAGCACACAGCAUAGACAAUGCAGGAGUGGCUUCGGGACAAGUCUCUGAAUGUCCUUGAGUGACCCAGCCAGAGCCUGGACUUGAACCCGAUCGAACAUCUCUGGAGAGACCUGUAAAUAGCUGUGCAGCAACGCACCCCAUCCAACCUGACAGAGCUUGAGAGGAUCUGCAGAGAAGAAACUCCACAAAUACAAGUGUGCCAAGCUUGUAGCAUCAUACCUAGAAAACUUGAGGUAAUCGCUGCCAAAGGUGCUUCAAAAAAGUACUGAGUAAAGGGUCUGAAUACUUACGUGAUAUUUCUGUUUGUUUUUUUAGCAAAAAAAACAAAAAAACAGUUUUGUUUUGUCAUUUUGGCGUGUUGUGUGUAGAUUGAUUGAAAAUUUGGAAAAAGUCAAGGGGUCUGAACACUUUCUGUAGGCACUGUAUGUUGCAAUCAUUUUGGUUUACAGAAAUGUGGGUGCGUCUGAUUUUGUUAUAGGCCAUAUUCCAGAAAGUGAAUUCAAAGAGUAAUGAUAUUGAUUUGAACAUCAACCAAUGUCUACAGGACAGGGUUGGUUGUAUCUUUGAUAGCCAGGUUGUGUCCCAAAUGGCACCCUUUUUCCUAUAUAGUGCACUAACUUUGGGCUCUGAUCAGAUGUAGUGCACUAUAAAGCGAAGAGGGUGCCAUUUGGGAUGCAUCCUUUGUGAUUUAAUGUCAAUGUCUACAUUCCCUUCUUGUUUUAGAUAUACUGUUGUAAGUUACCUGAUAGCUUCAUGCAAGUUACCUGAUAGCUUCAUGCAAGUUACCUGAUAGCUUCAUAUUGUAGUAAGUUACCUGAUAGCUUCAUGCAAGUUACCUGAUAGCUUCAUAUUGUAAUAAGUUACCUGAUAGCUUCUCCUGCAGUGAUUUCUACUUCACCUUUUAUCGGGGGCUUUCUGUGGUUCUUCUGGAUGUUAUACAACGUUUUACAGUGGUUCUUCUGGACGUUAUACAACGUUUUACAGUGGUUCUUCUGGACGUUAUACAACGUUUUACAGUGGUUCUUCUGGAUGUUAUACAACGUUUUACAGUGGUUCUUCUGGACGUUAUACAAUGUUUUAGGUGGUGGAGGGAGAGCCACUGACAUUGAACUACAGGCAUAGUGAACCUGUCCAAUUAACUUAGUUGUAAUUGUGUUGUUUGUGCAACACCUGAAUUAUAGGUUUGUGUUUUUCCAUGUUAAAUCAUUACAGCCCAAUGACCCUCUAAAAUGUCUCUGAUUCACUUUCAUCAGUUAUUUGUAUGAAUGACAUCCCAUGUAAAACUCAAACCUCAACUUGCAAUAUGUCACCUGAGAAUACAUUGUAUCUUCACGUGACAUGAAUCAUUAAAAUUUAUAUUUUCAUACUUUUAAUUCAGGCAAAUCAGAGUAAUCAUGGUACUAUCAAGUGAAGAAGCUAGAGUCAAGAUCAUCAGUGAUUAUGGACCAGUGCCAUUGGUUCAGCAGUGGACCAGUGCCAUUGGUUCAGCAGUGGACCAGUGCCAUUGGUUCAGCAGUGGACCAGUGCCAUUGGUUCAACAGUGGACCAGUGCCAUUGGUUCAGCAGUAGAUGAACAUGUGCACAUGCAUGUGGACAUUUCUCUACAUUCUGUAACUACCUGGCCUCACUACCCACCCAUGUGUACCCAACUUACUUUAGACUGAAUUCUCACAGGUGUCUCUCUUUUCUUUUCUUUCAAUUUAAAAUUAUAUUAUUUAAAAAAAUUCUUAUAGCCAAAAUAAAGUAGUUUACAGAACUCAGGAAUUGUGUGUGUGUGUGUGUGUGUGUGUGUGUGUGUGUGUGUGUGUGUGUGUGUGUGUGUGUGUGUGUGUGUGUGUGUGUGUGUGUGUGUGUGUGUGUCUGAUUAUCAUAAAACUGUUUAUCAUCAAAGAAAGCAAUUGGAUAUUUUCAAAUUCAUUGAGAGAGAGAGGAGGUAGAGAGAGGAGGGAGAGAGGGAGACAGAGAAUAGAAUGAAUAGAGAUUAUUAGACUGUUGUUUGCAUCUUGCCAAUAAUCAGGUGAACUGGCAGAGAAACAGACGCCGCCCAUUGACUGUUUUCCCCUGAGAUAUGUAUGUGCUAAAAUAUAAACAUUGUUGUAGAUAUUAUACAAAAUAGGAUCAUUGUUAUUAUUGUACAAUCUGUCAAUUAAAAAUGUUCAUGCAUUGGUCCGCAACCCCAAAAAAAGGUUGUGAAAUAACUUUUCUGUGUACCUCAUAUGUAAGAUACAUUUAUGUACAACAGGAAACAGGAAACAAGAGGAAUAGAAGACUUCAAAGUUGCUUUUCUAACUGUGGUAUUACGUUUUAAUUUGUAGGAUAUACUCCAAUCUGUUCUGUAUGAUCUAUGGUCUCUUUCUUAGGAGAGUUUUUGCAGGUUUAUGGACAAAAUAUUUCAGUUGUAAUUUUUUUCAACAUUUAAUUUAGAUUUGAACAAAUUUGUUUAAAGAAACACAAAAGAACAUGAACAAAUGUAUUGUCUCUGUAUUAUCAGAAUAAUAAAUAACAGAGUCAACUGAAA